GCUGCAGUCCACGGAGCAAAACCUAGGCAAACCUAGGGCCACAUUCUGAGGACUAGUAGCUGCGAGGAGGAAGCAUGGCGCAAGACCCGGAUCUCCUUCGCAUCCUAAUCUCCACCGAUAACCACUUGGGCGUGUGGGAGAAGGACGAGACGCGGCGCGAGGACUCGUUCCGCGCCUUUGAGGAGGUGCUGCAGCUGGCGGUAGCCAAGCGGGCGGACCUGGUGCUGCUGGGUGGCGACCUGUUCCACGAGAACAAGCCCAGCCGGGGGACACUGGUCAGGACCAUCCAGCUGCUGUCCAAGUACUGCCUCAACGACCGCCCCGUGCGCUUCCGCAUCCUGUCGGACCAGGCAGUCAACUUCGUGGCGGGGCGUGUCAACUUUGAGAACCCCAACCUCAACGUGGGGCUGCCCGUGUUCACCAUCCACGGCAACCACGACGACCCCUCGGGACAGGACUCGCUGUCGGCUGUGGACAUCCUGUCCCAGGCGGGGCUGGUCAACUACUUUGGCAAGCACCUGCUGACGGGCAGUGGCGCGGCGCGUGUGACGCUGUCGCCCAUCCUCAUAGAGAAGGGCGGCACGCGGCUGUGCCUGUACGGGCUGGGCAAUAUCCGCGACGAGCGCCUGGGCCGCGCCUUCUCCAUGCCGGGCUGCGUGCAGUGGCAGCGGCCCGCACACAGCCCCGAGUACCCGCAGAGCGAGUGGAUCAACGUGUUUGUGCUGCACCAGAACCGUGUCCAGCACACGCCGCUGGCCAAGGCGUGUGUGCGCGAGGAGCACCUGCCCGGCUUCCUGGACCUGGCGGUGUGGGGCCACGAGCACGAGUGCAGGCCCGACCCUGUGGCCCUGCGCGGCGAGGGCGACUCCAACCGCUACGUGGUGCAGCCCGGCUCCAGCGUGGCAACCGCACUCAGCGAGGGCGAGUCCAAGCCCAAGCAUUGCCUGCUGCUGGAGGUACGGCGCGCCAACUUCCGCAUCACCAAGCUGCGGCUGGGCAGUGUGCGGCCCUUCGAGUUCGAGCACGUGGCUCUUCGAGACGCGGUGCCGCCGCUGCUGCCAGAGGACGGCGACGGAGUGGGCGAAUUCCUGGCGCGCAAGAUUCAAGAAAUGAUUGACCGCGCCGCCGCCGCCCACCCGCCGCCGCCGGCACGUGACCCCUCCGCGCCGCCGCCCGCCCCCCUGCUGCCGCUCAUCCGGCUGCGUGUGGAUUACACCGGCUACUCCACCGUGAACAGCCAACGGCUGGGCCAGCGCUUUGUGGGCAAGGUGGCCAACCCGCACGACAUGAUGCAGUGGACCAAGGCGGCGGCCAGGAGGGUCAAGCCCGAGGGCGCUGGCGGCGGCGGCGGCGGCGGCGGCGCGUACGACUACGCCGACGGCGACGGCGAGGGCGGCGGCGGCGGCUACCUGCGGCCUGAUGCGCUGGACCAGGCGCGCAUUGAGGACCUCAUCCGGCAGCAUCUGGGGACCAACUCACUGGAGGUGCUGCCGGAUGACGAGCUGGGUCAGGCGCUGCACAACUUCGUGGAGAAGGACGACAAGACGGCGCUGCAGCAGUGCAUUGAGCAGGCGCUGGAGGAGACGCGGCAGGCGGCAGUAGCGGGGCAGCAGCUGCCGGACGCUGCUACAGCCACCGCGGGGGGCCGGGGCGUCAAGGAGGAGGAAGAGCUGUUGGGGGCGGUGCGCGCGGGCGUGGAGCGGCGGCGCAAGCAGCGGCUGGAGCGGCAGGCGGCGGCUGCGGCGGCGGGCGACCCGGAGGGUGUGGACAUCGCCGCCCUCACCGCCGGUAUGGGCGAAGAGGGCGCGGCGGGCGGCAGCGGCGGCGCAGCCGCAGCAGCCGGCGGUAGCGGCGCGCGCGGUGGCGGCGCUCGCGGCGGUCGCGGUGCCAAGGCGGCGCCUGCAGGCGGCGACGACGACUUUGGCAACGGCGCCGGGCCGUCGCAGGCCACCACCACCACCGCCACGGGGCGCGGGCGGGGCCGCGGCAGCCGCGGCGGGCGGCAGCAGAGCCUGGCGGACAGCCUGGCUCGCGGCGGUGGGCGGGGCGGGCGCGGCGGCUCACAGGCCACAGGCACGCUGGACGCCUUCCUCACCCCCGCCUCUCCCGCCAAGGGCCGCGGCAGGGGCGCGGCGGCGGCGACCACCAAGGCGGCUGGCAGGGGCCGCGGGCGCGGCCGGGGCGCCGCCGCCGCCGCCGACUCGGAUGAGGAUGAUGACGUGGAGAUGCAGGACGCUGACUCGGAUGGCGACAACGACGUGAUCGAAGAUGACGACGACGGUGAUGACGGCUUCGCCGCGGCGGCGCCGCCAGCCAAGCGCGCGGCGCGCGGCGGCGGCGCCGAGCCUCGAGCCGGCGCGGCGGCGGCGGCGGCGGCGACUCCCAGUCGCGGUCGUAGCACACGCGCGGCGGCAACGGGUGCCGGCGCCAAGGGGCGCAAGAAGUACCGCGUGGAUGAUUCGGACGACGACGACGAUGACGCCAGUGACGGGGUGGAGGACAUCGAGGACCACUCGGACGAGGACGACGACGACGCCUCGCCGCCGCCAUCCGCCGGCCGGGGCCGUGGCCGCGGCCGGGGCGCCGCGGCGGGGACGCCGGCGGGGCGCGGCCGCGGCCGCUCUGCUGCAGGCGCAGGCCGCGGCAGGGGCGCCGCCGCCGCCGCCGCCAAGGAAGUGGUGAGCAUGUUGUCCAGCGACGACGACGACGAUGAUGACGACUUGCGGGCUAGCAUGAUGCCCAGUGGUGCUCUGGCACACGCCGCCGCCGGCGCUGCCUACGCGAGCUCCGUUCUGCCCGGUGGCGCCGGUCCCACGGCCACCACGGCCACAGCCACGGGCGGCGCCGCGACGCAAGGAGGCACGGGAGGCACGGGCGCAGGGGCGGCGGCGGGUGGCGGUCGGAAGCGGCCGGCGAGCUUCUUCAGCAGCGGGAGCACGCAGGCGGGCGGGCGUGGCGGCGGCGCGGCGGGCGGGCGCGGCUGGGGUCAGGCGCGGUAGCGGAUGAGGAGGGGCAGCAGGAGCAGGGGGAGGGUGGUACCGGAGAUGUACUGUGUUGGGUGUGGGUCAGUGGGUGUGGUGGUAGGCGGGUGGUGGUGUGGUGGCUUGGGUGGAUGCGGGGCGCAGCAGGUUGUGCAGGUGGCGUCGUGUCAUUAUUGGGGACGUGUUAACAAUGGGCGCGUUGGUGCAGGUGCGGGUGCAGGUAUGGGCACUGCGGACAGACUGCAAAUUCGGUGCACACGAGCCUGUAGGUUGGCUCAAAUGGGGCGUCGCAGGAUGGGCAUGUACAGGAGGUUGUGCUAACGGACGACGUUGAGCGUCGUUUACGCGGGUGGCGCCGUGGCGGGCGAUUCCAUCUUGGUCACGAGGGCGUGCUCAAGGCGUUUUACUUGCUGGCAAAUCCAGCGCAAAAUACACUCCAACUGUUGAACUUUAUCAAAGCUUCGUUCUUUCGCUGGCUUGGCGACAGACGUCGAUUUUUUCAACCACUCCGCUGCAGAAGUCUGUGCGAGUUCGGGAUUUCGCACCUCCUCGACCCCAAGCCCGUUUGUGGCAACUACGCAGCGAGCAAGGCAGCGAAACAAAGCGCAAUAGCUUCCAGACUUGGUAAGCUAAUGGUUAAUUAUGGACAAGUAUAGUGCGCGCCAUGUU